AUGGAGUCGUCGAAAGCGAGUCCCACAACCCGGCUCUUCAACACGAUAAUGGUGACCAUGUUGGCGAUCUUGCUUGGGCUUUUCUGUGUUCGCCUGAAACUCAUUGUACCCGAACAAGGUGACCUCAAAGGUAUGGGAUUCUUCGUGAGCUCGAUCGCGUUUCCUUUGCUGGUCUUCCAAACCAUCGCAACUGCUUCGCUGGAGUCGAUCCACUUCUCUGUAAUUUUGGCGUGCAGCCUGGGCAAAAUCAUUGUCAUGGUGCUAACCUGGAUAUUGGCCUUCGUGGCCUUCAAGCCACACAGGUCCAUAGGGCAGCGUGUGUUGACCGCGUCGGUCUUUGCCUUCUUUGCAGUUGCUUCCAACGACUUUGCAAUCGGCUUUCCGGUUAUCGACGCACUGUAUAGCGAUACCUACGGCAUGGACGUCUACAUCGCAGGGAAUGCGGUCGUUGGUUCCUUUGUGUUUGUGCCGCUUACGAUGAUUGCUUUCGCUGUCGGGGGCGCCUUGCAGAAGGGAUCUGCCAGCGAGGGCGAGGGGAAGCGUAUCUCUGCAUGCCAAGUGGUCCAGACAAUCCUCAAAGACUUGUCCACGAAUCCUGUCAUCGUCAUGUCGUGCUUGGGCCUCGUCUUCAAGGUGGCACUUGGUGGGACGCUCGUCACAGUCGGUGGCAAGUCCCAGUUACCACCGCCUUUCCACGAUCUCGUUGAGCUCCUCACAGGACCGUUCGGUAUGUUGGCACUGUUCCUCACCGGCACCUCGCUGAAUUCUGCGCAGCUGGCAGUAUGGCCGUGCGGCCUAGUCCUGAUGAAGGUUGUGGUUUGCGCCUACCUUAGCUAUGCCUUCGGCACGCUGCUCUUAGGCAAGCACGACGCUGGCCCGGAGAAAGCCCUUGGAGACUUUACCUUCUUCUAUGGCGCAAUCCCCACCAGCAGUGCGCCGAUCCUCUUUGCCAGCAGGUUUGACCCCGAGGCAGCAGAGCUCAUGGCCACAGCCGUACUCUUUGGACUCAUCCUCGCAGGUCCUAUCAUGUUUGUCACUGCAUACUCUCUGAACGAGUCGGGGAACUCGGACCAAAGUAUGGCCGCCCUCACCAGGAUUCAGUUCAGCGCGGAUGCCGCCAGCAUCCUUGCAGGCCGCGCGCGCGCUGGGGGCGAGACUCUUCCGCGACUAAAGACCCUCCCGGCUGCUCUGGCCAAGGCCGCGCGCGCGCUGGGGGCGAGACUCUUCCGCGACUAA